UUCUGCAUGUCCCUGCGCACAAGAGAAGUGGUUUAACUAAAUCUACUGAGUUAAACUACUACUCUAAUAUAUUAAAUCUGGUUCCAGGAGAGAGUAAGGAUCCAGCCCUCUGUCUCAUCUGCGGUGUUAUGGUCUGCUCUCAUGCACACUGCUGCGGAGAAACCAUUCAAGGAGAGAAAGUUGGAGGAUGUACUGCACAUGCUAAAUAUUGUGGGGCUGGAACAGGAAUAUUUUUGAAAAUUCGAGACUGUUAUAUAAUUCUUCUACACAAGAUGUACAGAGGAUCAAUUAUUCCUGCCCCUUACCUGGACCAGUAUGGAGAAACAGAUCAAAGGUUAAAGAGAGGAAACCCACUUUACCUAGAACCAAGCAGAUAUUCAGAACUAGACAGAGCCUGGUUGAGGAAUGAUAUUCCUGAGAAGAUUGCCAGAAUGUUUGACCCGGAUGUCUUGCUCCUGGUUGAAUGGCAGCAGUUUUAAAACUCUCCGCUAGAUGUCUUUGUUGGUUGAGUGGUAACAGUUCUAAAACUCUCCACCAAAUGUCUUUUGGUUGAGUGGCGGCUGGCUAUUUUAAAACUCUCCACAAGAUGUCUUUUUUGGUUGAGUGGCGGCUGUUUUUAAACUCUCCACUAGAUGUCUCUGUAGGUUGAGUGGUGGCAGUUCUAAAACUCUCCACAAGAUGUCUCUGUUGGUUGAGUAGCAGCAGUUCUUAAACUCUCCACAAGAUGUCUCUGUUGGUUUAGUUGCGAUAGUUCUGAACUCUCUAGUAGCAGAUAAAACCCCUACCACCUGAUAACUAUUUUCGCCAUGGCUUCAAAGAAAGUUAUCUUAUAAUUUCAGUCCAAAUAUGAUUCAUUAUUGCCUAUAUUAAGAUCUGAUUGUUAUUUUUCUUGGCCUAACUAACUACCCUCGCAAGAUUUGAUACUUCAAAUUAAUAUAUAUAUUUCCUAAAAACCUUAUAAUUGAACUGUAUUAAGUAUUGUUUAAGAUCAAAUACUGCUUUUUCAAUUGUUCACUUUGUUUUAAAAUUGUAAUAAAUAUUUUUUUACAUA